CCUUUCGUCGUGAGUCACUGCGCAGGCGUGCUCCACAGACGAAGCAGUGACUCUCAUUCUUCUCGAGUCGGGAUACGUUCCGAAAGUUACAAAAAAACGGUCACAAACUAUUGUGCUCGCGAGUGUACGCACACAUAGCCGGCUCGCUCUAUCCGUGUCACAUGAAUAGACUGAGCUGGCUAUGUGUGUGUGCGUGGUAGGGAAAAUCAGUAAAGAGCGUGGUGUCGUGAAUACUGGCGUGUUAGUUCAUUGUUCAUAGUUCAUAUUUAGUACACGGUUUUACAGAGAGCACUUCGCACUUGGCUUGGAAUGCGUUACCUAGCUGCUUAUGUACUAGUCAUUCUUGGAGGUAAAGCCUCACCAACCGAGAAUGACAUCAAAAAGAUCUUGUCAUCAGUUGGUAUUGAAACUGAUGAUGAAAAAUUGGAAAAAGUAAUUUCCGAAUUAAAUAGUUUCCGGAAAUCCAUUGAUGAAUUAAUUACCAAAAGCAAGAAAAAAUUAUCAUUUAUGCCAGUUGAUAGAGCAGCUGCUGCUCCUGCCAAUGAUGAAGCAGUUAUAGUAGAAGAGGAAGAGGAGGAGAAAGAAGAAGAUUCUGAGUCGGAAGAUAUCGGCUUUGGCUUGUUUGAUUAGAUUUUUCACCUCGAAGUCAAACAAAUGUAUUUCAAAAUAUGCCUUGUUCAGUAGUAGUGAUUGAAAUUCAAUAAAUUUUUGUAUUGUAUAAAUCAUAUUAAAUUUAUACAAAUACUACUGAAGAAUAAAGCAUAUUUAACUGAA